AUAUUAGCCACAAAAAAAGUUAAACUAACUAACGAUGAGGUUUUAUAUCUGAUCAUGUUAUAGCCAAACCAAAGUAAAGAUGUUGCGUUAUGGAUGUAAACCAUGUGUGCGAAGUGUUAAUGUAAUAUUUCAAAGGUAUAAAACAAAGAGCUAUUCUAAUUUUCGAAGAACAGAGAGAAGUCAUCCGGCUACAAUCAGGAACAUUAUCUACCCAGUCCGAAUCAAUGAAAUUGGUGACAAUCUACAUGCCAAGUAUUGGAUUGAAGUACGUAAACGAGCUCCUUCCACUUUAGAAAUGGAAAAGAAGCAUUGGCUUGAAUCAGAACCACCAUUAACUAAACAAGAAAUAAAUGAUGCUCAAGCACUUUUCAAUAAGGCAAAAGUUAAAUUAGAAUGGACGCUUGCAGAUUAUGAUGAAAUUCCUGACGUUAAGUAUCGAAGACUCCGAAGAGAACGGGAAGAAUCAAUAGAAAAUAUGGAUCCAUUUAAAAGAACUGAAUAUCAUAAUAAUUUACUUAAAUCUCGAAAGUUAUUGGGAACUCCACCAGAAGCAUUAAUUAAAUUACCAGAAAUUUUACUUUUAGGUCAUGCUAAUGCUGGUAAAUCAACUUUAAUUAAUAAUUUAUUAAUGAAAAAGGGAAGUGAUAAGCUUGAUAAAAUUGCUCGUGUAUCUGAAAGGGCUGGUUUUACCCAAACUUUAAAUUGUUAUAAUAUUGGUGGGAAACUUAGAAUUAUAGAUAGUCCUGGUUAUGGUAUGUAUGGGAAAUUGAAUCAGGGUAAAUUAGUAAUGGAUUAUAUUACGAGAAGAGAUCGUUUAGCUGGAGCUUUUGUACUUAUUGAUAUACGAAAGGGUAUUCGACCAGAAGAUCGGGUAUUACUAGAAUGUCUUCAAGACAAUGAAAUUAAUCAUGAUGUAAUUUUUACAAAAUUCGAUCAAUUUAUUCAGGAAGUUUAUCCUUUACGACAAAAUCGACCUACUCGUUUGUUAGAUAUAGACAAGGCUAUGACUUAUUCUGACCGAAUGAAUCUGAUAGCAAGAGAUUGGGUUGAUGAAGUCAUUAAGGAUAUGCCUUAUUCACAAAGAUGUUUCUUUAAUAAUGCCUUGACAAGUGAGUUUGUACCACAAGUGAGUGGUUAUAAACAUGUUAGAGCUGCAAUAUUACAAAAAUGUAAAGAAUUUGAAAAUUAAACUGUAUAUAUGGAUCAAUUAAUUAAGUACGUUGUAAAUAAUCAAAAGAUAUAAUAAGCAAAUUACAAAUAAUUAGAG